CAGGAGUUGCAGAGGAAGCUGUGUUUGCUCAUAGAAUCUGUCCAGAAUAACUCGAAGCUGCUGGGUUCGGAAUGAGGCAGAGGAAGGACCCGUUUUUACUGGGAAGAGUUCUGGAAUGAGGGGACCUUUCAAGGGAGCAGGACCUAGCAUGUCAGUUCCAGGAGAGAGCUGGCGUGCGGCCUACGGAGAGAGAGGCCCAUCCUGGGCGGGCUGUGAGUGACAGCAGUCCUCCUCUGCUGAGCUGGACCACACGGUCCCUGCUCCUGGCGAGGAAGAACCGCUUGUUGAUGCGGCCCACGCUGCAGUAGCCGUCCGGCUGUGGCCAGUGGUGAUGUCCAGGUGAUGACGUAAAGGCUCUUUUCCUAACGAGGUGGCAGUCGUUGAAAGCAGCUGACCAGGAGAGAAGGGAUUUAGCUCUGAUUGCCUCCACUGAGCCACGUGGAAGGUGGUUGCCUUCAUGAAGUCUCCAGUGGGCCAGUACUUGGACCGCCAUCCUUUUGCGGCCCUCACCUUGCUGGUGUUCGUUGUGAUGUCGGCCGUCCCUGUUGGCUUCUUCCUGCUCCUCGUGGUGCUUACCUCCCUGGCUGCCUUUGUGGGAGUCAUGUUACUGGAAGGGCUGGUCCUCUCUGUGGGCGGCGUCGCGCUGCUCUGCGUCCUCUGCGUCCUGGGCUUCGUGUCACUGUCCGUGUCAGGGACGAUCAUCGUGUCCUACGUGGCGAUGUCCAGCCUCAUCAGCUCCUGGCUCUCUCCCAGGCCCUCCGGCGUCAUCACAGACCUGCUGUGGGUGCCGCCAUCCAGAGCCGGUCAGUGGUCACCUGAUAACCACAGGAAGGUGCUGAGGCUCUGGCUGCACCAGCUACGUCCAAAGCAGGUGAAGGGAGCCAAACUGAGUUCCUUCAACGGCGGAGUCUGCCCUUUCUCUCAAACCACUGACACAGAACCCCAGCGGCGACGCCGGCCGGCCGUGAAGUCUGCAGGCUUGCAGGGGCCCUACCAGGAAUGGCUGACGGGCUGACGGAGCCUCUUCCCAGUCAUCUUUGGAGGGUUGCUGGAGCAUACAUGCCACUGGGAUUACGACGCAGAGGGUGCUAGGUAGUCAGCACUCCUCGGAUGUGUCCUCUGCCUUGUCGCUUGUUUGUAGGGCCCUGCAGUGGCCCUGUGAGAACUGCCCUGCUCAGCUACUCGGCUGCUCACCCCUUAUCCCCAGUGAGGCAGACUUGACUUUGGCAGAUUGAGCCCCUAGAGCCUGGUGAUGGGACCCCAAGGUUGACUUGACCCAAGAGUCUUGUGUCCAAGGGCCCAAAUUGGGGCAAAUGUGGAUUGUUUUUUAUCUCUCCCUUUUCUUUUUUUUAGAAAUGGGAGAAGCUGUUUAUUUCUCCACUCAUUUGAAACAAGAGUGGGGGUGAGAAAUAUCCAAAACAGAGCAAGCUCUUCUGUUUUAUUAGCUUUUUAUCAGAAAGAACAGCAACAUUGGACAAUAAUGGACUCUCAAAGUUAGAACAACCUUAAUUUUAUAGUCAAGAGCAUUUUUUCAAAAGUCUAAGGGAAUAGCAUCCACGGCUGACUCCUGUGAAGUGCUUUUACUCUUUGCACUUGAUACUUUUGUAUUGUUUUAAAGAACUUGUCCUGUUAAGCCAUUUUUUUAAAAAGUUCUAUGAAAAUGCUAAAGGACUACAGAAUUUUUAAAAAUUCUAUGGUAUUUCUACUUCAGUGGUUUAUUUGCUGUGGCAUUUUAUUCAAUAAAUAUUUGUUUAGGUUUUC